AUGGUCCCACGGGCUGCUCUUCCACCAGGCGAUAGUUGACUGCGCGCGCGCGGCCAUCUUGCUGCCACUGGGCAUCGCCGUGUUUCGAUGCCAGCCGGUGUACAAGUGCUCGCUGGUUGAAACCGCUUUUCUUUUAUUGGUGACGGUGUCCACAGUGAACAUGCUAACGACGGUGCUAAACGACAGUCCUAUCUUCCCCGAGAACGAAGAAGAACAAGCAGAUUUGUCUGCACCAUUACUGAUGGACAGUCCACAGUGUGUCCUCUUCGGAACGUUCAUGAUAUGGUUCGCGUCGAUCACAAUAAACCUCGGGCCUACAUUCUUAUCCGGGGCGUUGGCUGCCAGCGCCGGGUCUUACGGGUCGUACGGUCCCUCCCCGUCCUGCCCCCUAGUAAGAGGGCCCUUCAGGCACUACGUGCUGAACGCCCUCUGGAUCGGGGUCAACGCCGUCUGCGUCGGCCUGACUCUCUUCCACCUGAAGAAACUCCACAGGGAUCUUACAAAGGCUAACGUAGAGGCAGUUCGAGUAGCUGGUUUAGUGACGACCCUAGUCAGCAUGGCUGGCGACAACAGGCGCAUGGACUCUCUGCCCAACAGCGUUGGACCCAGGACUGUUGACGGAGCGCUAGCCGAUGGCCAAUGCAGGUCUGGAGCUAGUGCCAACCUGCCUCUUGGAGGAGGCCGUCGCCUGCGAGGGUACCUUGCCAGGGUAGAAAGGGAGGGAGUGAGGCGAGUCCGCAUGUUUCUGGUCAUCACGGCAGCUUAUGUCCUCUUCUGGGGACCGCUGUUUAUAAUCACGCUGUUCCAUCACCCGGCUUUGACGUCACACGUUGCUUAUGAGAUGUACUUCCAAAUAACGCUGCACAUAUCGUACGUGCACGCGGCAGUCAACCCGCUGCUGUUCAUGGCGCUGCAUCGAGCGCUGCGCCGCGCUGCGCUGCAGCUGUGCUGCGGCUGCUGCGUGCAUUGGAGUCAGUUUGUGCUGGCACUCACUGCUGCGGCUCAAUCUCCACUAGCGCCGUCCUCGUUCUCGCCAGCGGCCGCGUCCCCCGAGCCGCCGCCGGCGCCGCCACCCCCAAUGGCCCCUCCUGCCACCUCGGUCCCUGGCCCCCCGAUGGGGCCGCCGACGCCUCACACGAUGAUGGGAGACGAGGAUAUGAUGGCUGAGGCUUGGAGCGGCGGCGUGCGGCGGCCCCCGCGGUCGCCGAGCCCCCUGCUGCCCGCCAUCUGAGCCCGCCCCUCGGCCCCCGCGCCCCCCGCGUCCUACGAGUACACAUAUCCGCGCCGUACUCCAGCGAAUAUCUACUCUAUCAAGAUAUAACUAAAGUGCAUAGUGAAUCGUAGCAGUGUCGUAGUGGAUAGAUAGGUUAACAAUUUAGUCGUAAUCGUUUCGUCUACUGACUAAUCAAAUGUGUGUACAUGUGUAAAAUAAAAGCUCAAUUCUAAACAAACCGAGUGUAGAUAAUACAUAGCACCAAUUCUGUGUAUGGACUCGAUGCCAAUUUAGACAAUUCGAAAACAGAGUAAAUUUUUAUAUUUUUGUCUUGAAAUUAUCUAUGUAAAUGUUAGAUAUAAAAACACCAAAUAGAUAGUCAAACGUCUUACACUUUAAUGAAUGUUAAUAAUAAUAAUAUUGAACUUGUAGAACAAUAAGUACAUACAAAUGUUAACAAAUGGUUUUAUUAUGUUACCUAUUGUUUUUUCUGUGGGCUUUUCAGACUAUUAUCUUUCCAUUAUGUCUAUCUAUUAUUGUAUAGUAGGUACACUUCUAAAGACUGAUUCUCAUUUUCAUUCCGAUAUGUUUUAUAUUAUUUUCGUCUAAAGCUCUAUCUAUGUAUG